AGCAAAAUGGCAGCGCGCGUUCGAAAGCGCUUGUUUUUGUGCACUUACAUGUUAUAGGUUUAGUUUGACUAUAUAUCCUUAAUUAUAUUAUUGCACGUUGCACAUGGCAAAAGCUAUGAGCAAUAUACAGCUUUCAGAGGCCUGGAAGUUAAUUGAAGCGUAUGUUUCCUCACCAAAUGAGACUGCAACCAUUGAGUCAAACAAAACGGACAUAUGUGAAGCUCUGCAGCUAUUGCACCAACGUGGAGCAGCACAAAUCCUGUGCCCGUGGUUUCUGAGGAAAUACCAACAUGAUUUGAGGCAUAGAAUUGUACCAACAUUUUGGUCACACAUUACUGACGCGGAUGGAUUGACGGUACAUCAGAUUCAGGAUUCAUUCGAAAAUGCUGUUACAUACCUGGUCAAUGAAGUGGAAGCAUACAAAGCAAAAGCUCUUUUGAUUCAGUCGACUCAGAGGCAUGCUUCACAAGAUACUUCAAGUGUCGUCAGCCCUGGUUUAGUACACGACAAAUUAAGGGCUGUCCUGUUCUCAUCAGUACCACCUCACUUCAACCAAGUGCUUCUAAGGUUCUACACCUCGGCAUUUCGUGCAUUUCAUAAAGUGUCUGGGGAAGAAGACUCUGAAGAAACUCUUGAGUGUGUGGGAUGUGAAGAGGUGGAAUACUGCAAAUGUACUACUUUCAUUGAAAAAUUCAGACAGAUCAACAUAAAACUCUGCACUCUUAACCUAAUGGAUGGGGUGAGCCAAGAUGCAGCCUCUACAGUGGCAUACAAGUUCAUCGAGCAGCAUUUGCAGAGUACUUGUAAAGGCAACUUUGAGAACAGAUACCUACACACACUAGAAGAGUGGCUGAACCGAACAGUCCUGGAAUGGUUUCAGCUCCUGUAUAAAACCAAAGCUGACUACGAAGCUUCCCCAACGAUGUCGUCUCUUAAAGACCAUCUGAGUCACUUCUUGUAUGAUACCUACGUAAAUGUACGCAUGGACCAGCUUUUCAAUAUCAUCAUAGAGUUUCCAGAAUCUCAGGCUGCCCUUGAGGAUCUCAAAGAGUGCCUAGAGAAAACAAACCUCAAGCCAAAGGUUAUUCACUCCUUGAAGAGUGCCAUGCAGAGGCGGCUACUCCAUCCUGGUGUCAACACUGUAGAUAUACUGACUGCGUACAUUUCAGCCAUCAAAGCCUUACGUGUCCUCGAUUCAACUGGCUACAUACUUCAACUAGUGUGUGAGCCAGUUUGUAGGUAUCUGAGAACACGAGAGGACACAGUCAGGUGCAUUGUAUCAAACUUGACAGAUGAAAACUGUAUUGAACUGGCAGGGGAGUUGGUAAAGUUCACUCCUAUUACAACAGAAGAUAAUUGUGAGAGCGAGGAAGAUGACGAAAAUUGGGAAAACUGGCAGCCUGACCCUGUCGGCAAUGAGCAAGUGCAAGUGUCAAAAGGAGUACGCACUUCAGACAUAGUGAGCAUGCUGGUAAACAUUUAUGGAAGCAAAGAACUCUUUGCAAGCGAGUAUGAGUCCCUCCUGGCGCAAAGGCUGCUUUUCACCUGCAGCCUUGACACUGAACGUGAGGUACGAUACCUGGAGUGCCUCAAGCUGCGCUUUGGAGAGUCCCUGCUUCAUUCCUGCGAAGUCAUGCUUCGGGACGUUGCGGACUCAAAGCGACUCAACGCACACCUAUCCUCAGGAGAACUUCCUGCAUAUCAUGCUGGGGAGUUUGAAGUUUCCGCUGUGGUCAUCUCGGCACAAUUUUGGCCAACAUUAACAGAAGAGAAGCUUGUUUUACCACCUGAAGUUCAGAAUGCCCUUGACAAUUACACCAAGGCCUUCGAAACUAUAAAAGGCAACCGAACACUCCAGUGGAAACCACACCUUGGACAAGUAGAACUAGAGGUUGAAAUAGGCAACAAAGUUCUUACUUUCUCAGUGUCACCUAUUCAUGCAACUAUCAUAUACCAUUUCCAAGAAAAAUCACGGUGGACUCUAGACGAACUUAGCAGCGUGACACAUGUGACGAACACAGUACUGCGGCGCAAACUUGCCCUGUGGCAGAGUCAGGGACUAAUACGAGAAGAGGAAGUAGGAUUAUUUGUGCUUGUGGAAGAUGGUCAACCUGCAGCCCCUAAUGUUGAAGUUGAGGAGGAAGAUGAUGAAGAGGCACAAUCUGUUACUGCAUCCACACAAGAUCAGAAGGAAAGUGACUUGCAGAUGUACUGGUCAUAUAUCAUUGGCAUGCUGACAAAUCUGGAAGCAUUGACCUUGGAACGAAUCCACACCAUGUUGAAAAUGUUUGCCAUGCAGACGCCCAGCACGGCACAGCUGACAGUUCAGGAACUCCGGCAGUUCCUCGACAGUCAGGUAUCAAAGCAAAAACUACUAUAUUCCGGCGGCCAAUACAAACUGCCAAAAUCUGAUACUGUUUGAAUUUGUAAAUAAAAUUGUUUCCUUGUG